GAGUUGCUGGUUUUGAGCUUCCGUUAUGCUGCUUCUGUAUCUUGGAGUGCUCUCACUUUCCGGCUUGGCUCAUCCUGUGGAAGUGAAGCGUCCACGGGGGGUCUCCCUCACAAACCAUCACUUCUAUGAUGAAUCAAAAUCAUUCACCUGUCUUGAUGGCUCUGCAACAAUAUCCUUUGAUAGAGUCAAUGAUGAUUACUGUGAUUGCAAAGAUGGCUCAGAUGAGCCAGGAACUGCUGCAUGUCCCAAUGGCCGCUUCCAUUGUGCCAAUGCCGGAUACCGUCCUAUGUACAUCCCCUCUUCCCGUAUCAAUGAUGGGAUCUGCGAAAAAACUAACAGAAUUACAGGAGGGUAAGAAUUCUGUGGAGGAACAAGUGGAGGCAUUACGGGUAGCAAAGGAAGCUGCUGAGAAGCCUGAAAAAGAGGCCAAAGAUAUCCACCAGAAAGCCUGGGAAGACCCUGCUGGGUAACUUCUUACAGGUGGACAGAGGCCAUUUCCAGGACACUGUGUGGCCAGCAAUCAAGGAGAAGUUCAAAACAGAGGACUCGGCUGAAGAACAGCCUCUAAAAAACACUCCAGUGGAAGAGGAGCCUGAUUCUCAGCCUGAUGCCCAGGUGGACCAGUUAUCACCUGAAGAAGACUAUGACGAAGAUGAGGAAGAUGAGGAAGCCGAUGAUGAUAGUUUGGAUGAAGAGAUGAAGGUCUCAUCACCCAAACCAUCAUCAGAUGACAAGGCAGCAGAGGAAGAAGUGGAGAAGAUCCCUCCUUAUGAUGAAGCAACUCAAGCUCUAAUUGAUGGUAGGCUGAUGAAAGUACAAUAUCAAACUUUUAUGGUUGAGGAAGGAUCUGGGCAGAAGCAGGUUUUUGCACAUAGACUUGAAGGUUAA